AUGGAGGCGAAGCUCUCACAAAGCCUCGACGACAUCGUCGCCGCGAGCAGACGAGCGAGCGGCGGCGGCACGAAGCGGCGGCACCAGACGAGGACGCCGAUUGCGAAAGCCUCGCGCGGCGACACCAUCUCCUCGCGGCUGGGAGGCAAGACCGGCGGCCGUCCCGCCGCAGCGAAGCAAGCCUGGCGGAAGCACGUCCAGCGGAAGCGCGACGCUGCCACCGGCGAAACGGUGGUUCGGUUCUACGAAACGGACGUCGUCAGGAUCGGCACCGAUGACAUCGUGCUCAGCAGCGGAGGGUACUCGAACGACGUGACGCGCCGCUGCAUCAACGACGCAUUGUCCAACUACGUCUUCAGCGUCAAGCAAAGCCUCAGCGGGGACUGGUUCGUCUCCGACGGCCGCACUCGCCUCGUGCGAUUUACCGACGGCAUCGUGCUGAGUGGCGCUGCGAGGGAGCUCAAGGAGCGCGAGCAGCGCGGCCACUGGCGGGGCUAGCCAGCUGCGGACUGUGCCUUUCUUCGGAUGUAGGCAGAGCGGUCGUCAUCGGUGCGGGAGCGAGCCAUCGGCUUCUACCUGCGCAUGGGCGGAGAUCCCGGCAGGAUUCCAUUGGCAUAGCUUCUGUCUGAGACGUGAGAGAGCUCUUUCCUGCUAAUAGAGCCGUGGUGCGACACGAGCCGUAUAGACCUUAGACCGUAGUGCAUUUCUGUUAAUCCGUAAAAGUAAAAGUCGUACUUUA